AUGGAACCGAGGGAGGAGCUGGGCGAGUUGGUGUGGCUGCAGCCGAAAAAGAAGGACGAGUUCGAACUGCCGUAUGCCGGACGGGUGUUGCGUACGCACGAUGGCCGAACGCUGGUCAUCAACGACGAUGGGGAAGAGUUUUGGGUCAAGGAUGGUGAGAUAAUCAAACCGAUGCACGUGACGUCACAGCGAACGGUCCACGAUAUGAUAACGCUCGGUGACCUGCAGGAGUACGCGAUACUGCGUAACCUCAUCGUUCGAUAUCGUCAGAAGCUGAUUUAUACCUACACCGGAAGCAUGCUUGUGGCGAUCAAUCCGUACGAGAUUUUGCCCAUCUACACCAACAACGAGAUCAACCUGUACCGGGAAAAGAAGCUGACGGAGCUGCCACCGCACAUAUUUGCCAUCGGAGACAGUGCGUACCAGGAGAUGAAGCGCGAGAAGCGCGAUCAGUGCAUCGUGAUCAGUGGUGAGUCCGGCGCAGGUAAGACCGAGAGCACCAAGCUGAUCCUGCAGUAUCUGGCCGCGGCCAGCGGGAAACAUUCGUGGAUCGAGCAGCAGAUCAUCGAAUCGAAUCCCAUUCUCGAGGCGUUCGGGAACGCGAAAACCGUCCGGAACGAUAACUCGUCUCGGUUUGGCAAGUACAUUGAUGUGCACUUUACGGCCGAGGGUGCCAUCGGUGGUGCGCGUAUCGAGCAGUACCUGCUGGAGAAGUCGCGCAUCGUGGGGCAGAAUCGGGGAGAGCGGAACUAUCACAUCUUCUACUCGAUGCUCUCCGGCAUGACGAAGGACGAGCGCAAGCGCUUCGAUCUGGAGGACCCUGCGAAGUACAAUUAUCUUACGAGCGGUCAAACGUUGCUCUGUGAUGGGCGAAACGAUGCGCAAGAGUUUGCGGACGUUCGUGCCGCCAUGAAGGUGCUGGCGUUCGAUGAGCAGGAAAUCCACUCGAUUCUUGGCUUACUGGCGGCGAUACUGCAUAUGGGCAACGUGAAGUACAAGGCGACGGUUGUGCAGAACAUUGAUGCGGUAGAGAUCAACGACACGCUUAAUGUGGGCAGGGUGGCCGUUUUGCUGGGAGUUUCCAAAGCGCAGCUGUUGGCUGCCCUGACCCGCAGGACGAUCAUUGCACAGGGCGAACGGGUUGUAUCGCAGCUCUCGAAAGAUCACGCGAUCGAGGCACGGGACGCGUUUGUGAAGGCUAUCUAUGGCAAGCUGUUCAUCAUGAUCGUGGACAAAAUCAACAAGGCGAUCUACAAACCGUCGACGACGAGACGAUUUCACUCUAUCGGCGUGCUGGACAUAUUCGGAUUCGAGCACUUUGAAGUGAACAGCUUCGAGCAGCUGUGCAUUAACUACGCGAACGAGAAUUUGCAGCAGUUUUUUGUCAAGCACAUCUUUAAGAUGGAGCAAGCGGAGUACGCUCGAGAGGGUAUCAACUGGACCAACAUCGAGUUCAUCGACAACCAGGACAUACUGGACAUGAUCGGCAUGAAGUCCCUGAACCUGAUGUCGCUGAUCGACGAGGAAACACGGUUCCCGAAGGGGACGGAUUUGACCAUGCUCUCGAAGCUCCACUCGACGCACGGACCGAAAACGGCGUACGUCAAGCCGAAGUACGACAAAGAUCCUGCCUUUGGAGUGCAACACUUUGCCGGCGUAGUGUACUAUCGGGUCGACGGUUUUCUGGAGAAAAACCGCGAUUCCUUCAGUCCCGAUCUGAAGGAGCUGGUAACGAAGAGUAGCAACGAGUUCCUGACGGCGCUAUUCGGCUCGGACGACUCGCUCGACACGAGCAAGCGGUCGGUCACGUUGUCGCUACAGUUCCGCAACUCUCUCGACGCCCUAAUGCGUACCCUGUCGUCGUGCCACCCGUACUUUAUUCGCUGCAUAAAGCCGAACGAUGUCAAGAAACCGAAGCUUAUUGACAAGACUCUGUGUGUGCGCCAGUUGCGAUACUCGGGCAUGAUGGAGACGGCCAAGAUACGGAAGGCUGGCUACGCCAUCCGGCACACGUACCGUGAGUUUGUGGACCGGUACCGGCACCUGGCCAAGGGCAUCGGGCCAGCGCAUAAGGUGGAUUGCGUGCAAGCGGCAAAGGCCAUCUGCGUAAAGGUGCUGCCCGGGUCCAGUGUGCCGGACGACUAUCAGUUCGGUAAGACCAAGAUAUUCCUCAAGGAAAGCCACGAUCAUCUGCUAGAAUCGGAACGCUCGCGGGUGUACCUUCACUACGUGGUCCUGAUCCAGCGGGCUUUCCGGCGAGUGCUGCUGUUUAGGUACAUCCGCCGGUACCGCCAGGCCGCCAUCACGAUCCAGCGGCAUUGGCGAGCCCGUGGCUACCGGGCGAACUAUCUGACGAUGCGCAACGGAUUCCGGCGUCUGCAGGCGGCGAUCAAAUCGCGUACACAGACGUACGCCUUCGGAAGAUUGCGCGGUGCGAUCGUGCAGCUGCAGGCCCAGUGCCGGGGGUACCUGACACGUCGGAACUUGCGCGACAAGAUCACGUACAAGGCGCGCCGCAUGACGGAGAUUCUCAUUCUGAUGCGCACGGAGGAAAACCAGUUCAAGCAGUCGGGCAAUCCGCGUUGGCGGGAAGACGCCGAGCACAACUACUGGUUGCGGGUGGACGAACUGAAUCGGGAGCUGGCACCCGAACCCGAGUCACGCCGCCCCUUGGCACCGGUCGUGGUGGUAGCCACACGGGCUAGCAUCAGCGUGGACGACGACAAUCAGAUCGUGGACGAUGUGUUCGGGUUUCUCGAAGGUACUACGAGCCCAGAGCCGGUACCGAAGCGGAAACCCGCGCCCGCCAGUGGUGAACUCGAGGUGACCGGUAGUGAUGGCGUAGUCGGGGCUCUCCAGCAGGCCGAGAGCUUCCGGGAGGAUCUAUCGGACUACAACUUUGCGAAGUUUGCGGCCACCUACUUUGCGAACAAUGCGUCCUAUCAGUUCAGUAAGCGGAAGCUGAAGUCCUCGCUGCUCGAUCUCACGAUUUCGGCUGACGUCAUAUCGGCGCAGGCACUGUGGAUUACGAUUCUACGUUUCAUGGGCGACAUGGCGGACGCCAAGUACGAGGACGAGAGUGAGGAAGCGCGCCACAAACCGGUGAUGCAGCGCGUGACCGCCACGAUGGGACGCAACUUCGCCAAGACGAAGGACUUUCAGGCGUUCCAGGAAACACUGUCCGAGCACGACCGCAAGCUGAUACACAAAACGAUGAAGAAAAAGUCCAAAAUUCCCAGCGAGCUCCGGUCGAUCGUGGAAAACACCGAGGAGAUCACCGACUAUCAGGAGUUUCUCAACAGCCGCACGAACAACCUGGACAAGCUGCACUUCAUCAUCGGCCACGGGAUUCUCAACCGGCAGCUGAGGGACGAAAUUUUCUGCCAGAUUUGCAAACAGCUCACCAACAAUCCGACGGCGACGUCCCAUGCGAAGGGCUGGAUCUUGCUGUCGCUGUGCGUCGGGUGCUUUCCCCCGUCCGAGCGCUUCGAGAAGUACCUACGAUCGUUCAUCCGGGAUGGCCCAGAACUGUACGCCCCGUACUGUGAGCAGCGGCUUGAUCGGACGCUGGCGAACGGUACCCGCCGACAGCCACCGUCCCUGCUGGAACUGCAGGCCACCAAAACGAAGCGACCCAUCCCGGUCUCGGUGAUACUGAUGGACGGGACGAGCCGCACGCUCGAGACGGAUUCGGCCACGACGGCCGGUGAGCUGUGCGAGAGGCUCGCCAACCUAGUGGGUCUGCAGGAUCGGUUUGGAUUUUCGAUCUUCGUCACGCUGCACGACAAGAUACUGUCGCUGCAGAGUGGCGGCGAGUUCCUGAUGGACGCCAUCUCGAACUGCGAGCAGUACGCGAAGGAGCAAGGCUCGAGCGAACGCACGGCCGGGUGGAAGAUAUUUUUCCGCAAGGAACUCUUUGCACCGUGGCACGAUCCCGCCGCCGAUGCGGUCGCUACCGAGCUGAUCUACGCGCAGAUAACGCGCGGCCUGAACCUGGGCGAGCUGGUGAGCAACUCGGACAAGGAUCUGGCAAUGCUGGCGGCCCUCCAGUACUACGCCGAGUACGGGGAAGAUCUGAAGGGAAACACGCUCCAGGAGCGGCUGAAAGACUUUCUGCCGAAGAGUGUUCUCCGCCCGGAGACCGCGCCACGCUGGGCGCAGCUGGUAGAAACGGCGUUCAAGCGGAGCCGCUGUGUGAAGGAACACCUGCAGCGGAUCGUGGCCAAGGAGGACAUUGUGCUGUUUGCGAAGAUUACCUGGGGUAUGAUGUUUUCGCGGUUCUUCGAAGCGGUCCAGUCGGGUGGUCCGACACUGUCGGCCGCGAACGUGAUCGUGGCGGUGAACUGGGCGGGUGUUUUCUUUGUCGACGAACAGGAGCAGGUGCUGGUGGAGCUGUCCUACCCGGAGAUCGUCCAGAUGGGCUUCGAAGAGGAUGACGAGUCGGACGUUGGCAGCGUGUAUCUGAGCACCAUCCAGGGAGAAGACUUCACGUUCAAAACAUUCGAUGCCCGGGUACUGGCCGUGCUAGUAAACUACAUUAUCGACGAACUGAAGAAGCGCACCAUUUUUGCCGUCGUUGUGCAGCCGUACAAACCGCAAACGACCGACGAGACGAUGCUCAGUCUGGUGAAGGGUGAUCUGAUAAUGCUCCGGCAGGGCUUCACCGGGGAGUCGAUUAUGGCCGAAGACUCCACCUGGGCCUAUGGUGAGUGUAACGGCCGCGCUGGGUACUUUCCGACCGAGUCGAUCUACAUUUUGCCCACCAUCAUGACGCCAUCGGGUGCGGUGCUGAAUUGCUACAAGAAGGAGAAUGCAGUCAAGGUGAAGAAGCACGCCGGUCCCAUCUACAACACGAUCCAGCGUAAACGGAUGCACACUCUUCAGCGUUACGCUACGGAAUACUUCCGCGCGCCAAUUGCUAUCGCUGCCUCUUCCACCAGCAUAGCCAGUGUGCGCAAGUCAACGGUUGAAGAUCUCUGGAAGCACACCCGUGACCCUAUGAAGGCUCCACUUCUGAAGCGCCUGCAGAACGACCGUGCGAAGUGUGACACCGCCGUUUCGUUAUUCACUCUCAUCUUGAAGUACAUGGGCGAUCUACCGAAGAGUCGCGAGCAGAUGGAUGUGGGGAAAAUUUUCGCACCGGCUCAGGCCGACGAUCUGCUGCGCGAUGAACUGUACUGUCAGAUUAUGCGACAGCUCACCGAAAACCGGAUACAGAUCAGCGAGGAGCGUGGCUGGGAUCUGCUGUGGCUGGCAACGGGCGUGAUGCUGCCGAGCACCGGGCUCCAGAAGGAACUUUUUACGUUUCUGCGCACUCGCAAGCACCCACUCGCCGCGGACUGCUUGCAGCGGCUGCAGAAAACGAUGAAGGUAGGCCCGCGGCGUUACCCACCUUACGUGGUGGAGGUCGAAGCGAUCCGCUACCGGACGGUGGAAAUCUACCACAAGGUGUACUUCCCGGACGACACGGACGAGGCGUUCCAGAUCGAGUCGUCCACCAAGGCCAAGGAUCUGAUGCAAGCCAUCACGCGACGGCUGGAGCUGAAGUCGGGCGAGGGUUUCAGUUUGUUCAUCAAAGUCAUGGACAAAGUGUUCUCCGUGCCGGAGGAGUACUUCAUUUUCGAUUUCGUGUACGAGCUGUUGGAGUGGAUGCGUGAGACGCAUCCGUCGCGUUCGAACGACGAUCGCAUCCAGUGCGAGUACCAGAUGUUCUUCAUGCGAAAGCUCUGGAUUGGGGUGGUGCCUGGGCGAGACCCGAAUGCGGACGAGAUAUUCCACUUUCACCAGGAGCUACCGAAGCUGCUGCAGGGUUACUACCAGCUCACGAAGGAACAAGCGGUCGACCUGGCAGCGUAUGGGUUCUGUGCCCAGUACGAGAUGGACGAUGUGAAGCAGCUGCACAAAUCGUUCCACGAUCUGCUCCCUACGUUGGUGCCCAAGGACACGGAACGGUUGCAGAAACUUGAUCACUGGAAGCGCGACAUUGUGGCGAAGAUCGAUGCGAUCCGCGGUAUAACGGUGAGCGAGGCCAAGCUAGAGUUCUUGAAACUGGCCCACCAGUUCCCGAUGUUCGGGUCGACCUUUUUCGUGGCCAAACAGGCCACGGACCAGAAGCUACCGGCCACGGUGUUGGUGGCCAUCAAUCGGCAAGGUUUCCAUCUGAUCGAACCCCACACGAAGGAGGUGCUGGGCAGCUACAGCUACCGUGAGCUCAACUUCUGGAGCUCUGGUAAUACGUUCUUCCACGUAAAAUUUGGUAACAUGAUGGGCGCUACCAAGCUGUUGCUUGAAACGAAACAGGGCUACAAGAUGGACGAGCUGCUGGCAUCGUACAUACGGCACUUUAAGGCGCAAGCCGCAAGAAACUGA